AUGAUGGAUAAUGAAUUAGUCUAUGAUAUUGAUAUAAUUCCUAAAAAGAAUAAAAAUAGUAGAGCUUGUUUAUUAUGUGGAUUGGUAAAAUCAGUUGAUUCAUUUAUGAUGAAUGGUUGUGAUAAUUGUGAAGACUACCUAAUGCUGAAGGGUGAUGAAGAUCGCAUUCGAUCUUGUACCAGUGUGAACCAUAAUGGAACAAUGUUUAUCAUGAAUCCCUUAAAUUCUUUUCUUUGUAAAUAUUAUAAUUUUGAAAAAUCAAUACCUGGACAAUAUGCUAUAUCAGUUUGUGGUACAUUACCUGAUAACAUUAUACGUGAAUUAAGAAGAUUUGGUAUAAAGUACACACCACAUUUUAGAGACAACGCUAAUAUGUAA